AUGCAUUGCGUGUUCAUCCAUUAAAAGCUAGGGCUACCAACAAUCCCAUUCGCUCUUACAAACAAACCUCAGCGGGUGCCCGACCAAGUUCUACCGUCCGCCGCUGAACCACUCCCUUUUGCCGACGAGUUUCCGCAAUCUGCGAGGUCUCGUCCGCCCAGCAUAGCCCUACUCAGCCGCGACUGCCGACAAAGUUCUGCUCUCCGCGAAAUCUUGUUCGUUCGCCCAUCCCAGCUGCGAUUGCCGACGAAGGUAACCAGUUCUUUGCUAGUCUCCUAGUGCGAGAGCUGUGCACCUGCAAUAUCUUCUGUUUCUUUCAAACUCGAUUUGAGUUUAUGCUAGAUGGCAACAAGAUCCGACCAAGAUAUUGAUGAUGAUUUUAGUGACAUUUACAAGGAGUACACGGGACCUUUAGGAUCAAAUGUCACCAAUUCACAAGAAAGGGCAAAGACAAACAAAAGGUCUCAUGCAGGUUCUGAUGAGGAAGAGGAAGCUCGUGACCCCAAUGCUGUUCCAACUGAUUUUACUAGCCGAGAAGCUAAGGUUUGGGAAGCAAAGUCUAAAGCUACCGAGAGGAAUUGGAAGAAAAGGAAGGAAGAAGAAAUGAUCUGUAAAAUUUGUGGAGAAUCUGGUCACUUUACUCAGGGGUGUCCUUCUACGCUCGGAGCAAAUCGGAAGUCUCAAGAUUUCUUUGAAAGGGUACCUGCAAGAGAAAAACAUGUCAAGGCACUUUUCAGUGAGAAGGUGAUAAACAAAAUAGAAAGGGAUAUUGGCUGCAAAAUUAAGAUGGAUGAAAAGUUUAUUAUUGUUAGUGGCAAGGAUAGAUUAAUCUUAGCGAAAGGUGUGGAUGCUGUGCGCAAAGUGAUAGAGGAGGGAGACCGCAGAGCUUCAUCUAGUUCUCAGGUCUCGAGAUCGAGGUCACCUGAUCGAAGUCCUGUGGGGUCACGGUUACAGCGGUCUGACUCUCAAAGAUCCCACUCUGUUACUCGAAGUGCGCCUCAGUUUCAACAGAGGUUUCACAGGCAAGAGAAACUUCUGGAAGACCACAUACGUGAUAAUCUGCAGAAGUACCCAAGGAAUUCUCCACAAGCUUAUGGUAAUGAUGGAGCUAGGGGCCGUUCAAGCCAUUCAAAAUCUCCUAGACAAUCCCCUUACAUGAGCAACAACAAAUAUGGUUCAUACGAUGGCCGUAAUCAAACUAUGGGUGCUUAUAGAACUGAUGGAUGGCAUUCUGAGAGAAAAGGACCUGACAUGCAAUCUGGUCCUCAGUAUGAUCACCCAGCUUUCCCUACAUUAGAGGAGUUAGAGAUGGAGUUUAAAAAGGAGGCAAUGGAACUUGUGAAGAUUCGAGACAAGGAAGAAGAUGACGAAAAUAAGAAGCAUCGCGAGGCUAUUACGGAGAUGAGAGAAAACUACAUGAAGAAGCUGGGUAAUUUGAGGAGAAUUCAUGCAAAGCAGUGGGAGGAUUUUCUUCAACUUGAUGCACAGAGGCGGGGACAACAACAACAACAACAACAACAACAACCACAGCAACCACAAUCACGACAACAACAACAACAACCACCGCAAUCACGACAACAACAACACCCACAAUCACGACAACAACAGCAACAACCGCAAUCACGCCAGCAAGUCUCUCCUUCAGGUUAUUCUGGUUACAAACAGCAGGGGGGAUUUUCCAACUACGAUGGUUCUAAUGCAAAUUCUCGCUAUGUUGGGAACAAUGUACCGGUGGAGCCAAUGAACAGAUACCCAAACCAAACAGAAAACUACCCUUCAAGGGCUCAUGGAAAUUUCGGUGAGUUCCAACACCAGAGACGAGAAGAUUAUGAGAAAACAUACACUCGAUUUUGAUUUGGUAUCGUGGAAUAACUUUAGGUUUAAUCUGAUCAGUAGACGUAAUGCCAAAUGGAGAGCUACAAACGUGGGGUAAGUAUUGAAGGAAAUUAUUUGUAGCUUCGAAUUUUGAAGAGAAUUAUGGAAAGUAAUGCAGUGGAACAAUAUUAUGUUUGUUCUUUUUUUUAGUUUAGGUCCUGCUCAGAAUUGGAUGUUUUGUUAAACCAGGACAAAGUUUCGAUUUCAUUUGUCAUUAGUAUUGAAAUUUCUAAUUAUUGGAAAGCGCUUCAUUAUGGAACA